AUGAGCAACUAAGACCAUGAAAAGCCCUAACAUAUCUUGCAUACUCUUAUGAAAUCAAAGACUUAAUUUUGUAAGCAUGAAGGAAGCUGUUUUGAAAGUUUUUUGAAGGAGGUCAAGCGCUCCUUUUUAAUCGGGUAUGGCUUGAGAGUUUCACUUAAUACCCUUUUUACGCUUUUCAGUCUCAAAAAAAGCUUGCAACAGUUACCUAAAACUUUGUACAAAAUACUGUUGUGUGAUGGCGAUUUCCGUCUCCCACUUUUCAUAACUUUAAUGAACUCGCUAAUGAAGCUAGCAUAAUGUCUGCUUAGAAGGAUCAGACAAAAAGAGGAUGGAUUUAAUUCAUUUGUUUCAGGCUUUCUUGGAGCCUUCAUUGGAAUGAUGUUCGAAAACAAAAAGAACUGGUACACAUGGAGAAUGUAUUUAGGAGGAAGAGCACUCGAAAUGCUUUACAACUCGCUUAUAAAUAGGGGAUAUAUUAAUAAGAACGCUAUUCAUUUCUCAUUUGCCUUCGCUAUCGGAAGCACACUAAUAGCAAAAGGCUACUUCCAUGAACCUAGGAUAGUUGAAAAUGAAGUAUUUAAGCUCUACAAAAAAUUCGCAAAUCUAAGUAAUGGUGAGGUUAUCUGGCAUUACUGUCAAGUUUCAUGCGAUGAAAAAAAGUUAGAAUAAAGCUUAGGGUUCACCCCUGAGUGA